AUGUAAAAAUAUUGUAUUGAUAAAAAUAAAUUCAUUUGGAUUUUAAUAGCUUAGUAUGUAAAGGAUCAAUAAUUAUUUAAUAAAGAAAUAGGAUUAAAUGAAGAUUGUAUCUAUGCAUUAGUUAAUCCAGAAUAUAUACUUAAAGAUGAUUAUUCUAGUUGGUUUCAUUAUAAGCAUGUCUAAUUGCUAUCUAUAGAAUGCUAAAAUAGAAUGCUAAAGGAAAAAGAAUAUAAAAUUUCAUCAUAAUUCUUAAGAGAUUUACAUUAUUUAUUGACUCCUGAAAGUUAAAGACAUGAUAUUAGUUUGGAAUAGAUAACAUUUUAACUUAAAAAAUGUUAUGUGUAUUUCUUUCUCCAGUAACUGAGGAAUAAUAAAAUUGUUUUGAAUUGGAUGAUUUAACAAAUCUAUACCAAUAUUGUAAUAUUCCUUAGAUGAUCAAGUAUUAUAAAAUGAUAAAGAUGUGAGAGGAUCUGUUUAUAAUUAAAUAGCACUUAAAAAGUUUAAGUGAAUAUAUAUAUCUAUCUAUAUAGUAAAUAUAUUUACUGAAUAAUGGUCAUGGUAUAAUAUUUGGAUAUAUUAUAUUAUAACAUUAAUGAGUAUAAGCAAAGGAGUUUAGAUAACAAUAUUUACAUUUAUGGUUCCAAUAAUAAAGAAUGAAUGGCAC